AAAGGGAGAAUCUUUGUUUUCGGGAUGGCCGGGUGGAGCGUGUGGCGAAGCCCCGUGGCGGGGUCCCUGUCCUGGAUAGGAGAGCUGACGACAGGUGUGCGCUGCGGCAGCAGUAUGCCGGUGGUCAGACAGGUAUACUCGGACAGCGGCAGCGUUGUCCGGCCUUUUAACGAGAUUCCUGGACUGUGGAAAAAUGGCGUGGCUAACUUGUAUAACUUUUGGAAAUUGGAUGGCUUCAAAAACCUUCACCGCAUCAUGUUACAGAACUUCAACACUUUUGGACCCAUUUACAGAGAAAAGGUGGGCUACUAUGAAAGUGUGAAUAUCAUCAACCCCGAAGACGCUGCUAUCCUGUUCAAAGCAGAGGGCCAUCAUCCUAAAAGGCUGAACGUUGAAGCCUGGACGUCAUACAGAGACUUCAGGAAUCGCAAAUACGGAGUUCUUUUAAAGAAUGGAGAAGACUGGAGAUCAAACCGCGUGAUUCUCAACAAGGAGGUGAUUUCGCCGAAGGUGCUUGAGAAUUUUGUGCCUUUGCUCGACGAAGUGGGGCAGGACUUUGUAGCGAGGGUCCACAAAAAGAUAAAGCGAAAUGGCCAGAACAAAUGGACCACUGACCUCUCUCAAGAGCUCUUUAAAUAUGCACUCGAGUCCGUGAGCUCAGUGCUGUAUGGGGAGCGGCUAGGUCUGAUGCUGGACUACAUCGAUCCCGAAGCGCAACAUUUCAUUGACUGCAUCACGCUCAUGUUCAGGACGACCUCACCCAUGCUGUACAUACCUCCUGCCCUGCUGAGGCGCAUUGGAGCCAAGGUGUGGCGGGACCACGUGCGGGCUUGGGAUGGGAUCUUCAACCAAGCGGACCGGUGCAUUCACAACAUCUACAGGCAGUUACAAAAGGAAGAUGGCACUUCAAAGAAAUAUCCAGGAGUCCUGGCCAGCCUGCUCAUGCUGGACAAGCUGUCCAUCGAAGACAUCAAGGCCAGUAUCACAGAGCUAAUGGCUGGAGGAGUGGAUACCACUUCUAUAACGCUGCUGUGGACGUUGUAUGAACUAGCUCGCCACCCCACCCUCCAGGAGGAGCUGAGGGCGGAGGUGGUUGCAGCCCGAGCCGAGAGCCAGGGAGACCUGAUGGAGAUGCUGAAGCGGAUUCCUUUGGUCAAAGGAGCUCUAAAGGAAACCCUGAGGUUACACCCAGUUGCAGUGAGCUUGCAAAGAUACAUAGCACAAGACAUCAUCAUUCAAAACUACCACAUCCCAGCUGGGACUCUGGUUCAGUUAGGACUCUAUGCAAUGGGCAGAGACCCCAAAGUGUUUUUUCGUCCGGAGCAGUACCAGCCGUCCCGCUGGCUGCGGACCGAGUCGCACUACUUCAGGAGCCUGAGCUUCGGCUUCGGCCCCCGCCAGUGUUUAGGCCGCAGAAUAGCCGAGGCAGAGAUGCAACUAUUCCUUAUCCAUAUGCUCGAGAACUUCCGGGUGGAGAAACAGCGUCACGUGGAAGUGCAGAGUACCUUUGAGCUCAUCCUCCUACCAGAGAAGCCCAUAAUACUGACUCUGAAGCCUUUACAGGCUACUCGGUAACAAUCUGAGAAACAAUCUGUGGUGCAUGAGAAGCGCACACUCAUUUCAAAGUAUAAAUGCACAGCAAGAAGACAUUAGGAGAGAAAAGAACAAAAACAUUCAUGAAAAAAUGAAUAGUAGUCAAUAAAUAAAAAUGGAACUGUAGCAUGUGUACAAUAUAAUAAAAAACCUGGAAUGUACAGAUGCUUUAUUCCAUGUGUAUAAUGGCAAAAAUAUUUAAAAGUAUAUAACGGUGAUGAAUAAAACAAUGCAAAUGAUUCAA